AAGAAAUCCCGCAUUGCUCACUCUCGCCCUCUGCCUCUCCCUCACCCUCUAGCCUCUUCCUGCUGCGCAUUUGCGACCGACGUGAAGAAGCCAAACCCUAGAGAGUAGCCAGUGCGAGUGCGACAGAUUGCAGUGCCGACGCCUGCAGCAGAGCAAUUAAGAUUGGAGAUGAAGAUGACCCACCGGCCGGUUUUAGCCAUUGGGUAUUACUUGUACCCGUAAGAUUAUUCUGAUUAGAGGAACAGGAGAGGAAGAUUCGAAAUCAUCAACUAAACCCACCUGUCUGUGUAAUUAUUUAUUUUUAGUAGCGGGACAAUAUGAGUGGUGCUGGUGGUGGCUCUUCCAAGAGAUUGCACGAAGAGGCAGGGCAUGCCCAUUUUUCCUCCAGUGCCAAAUACCCUCCACAUGAAGAUUCAGGCAGCGGCUCUGUGACUGCACCUCUUACUGCCUUCCCCAAUCGAGAUUCAUCAGUCAAACCGUCUAGCGAGUACCACAGUAGUGCUGCCCCCUAUGAGUUGGGCACUGAUGCUCCUCGUAUGGCCAAGAUUGCACGUACUGAAUCGCGUGAAACAGAUAAGCGAUUGUCACCGCUUCUUUCAAUGUAUCGGAUGCCUACUUUAUCUUCUGGGGAUUUGCAUUCUGAUCAUGCUGUUGCUUCGGAAACUAGGGUGGAGUUGCGAGAUUCUACAAGGGACGGCAACAGAGAUCUCAGGAUGGUUGAGAACAGCCGGGAUGUCAAGGUAGAGUCGAGGGAGUUACAUAUUGAGAUGAAGCGGGAUCCUCUGAGUACUAAUAAAGGUGAAAAGGAUAUUAAUAGAUUUGAAAGUAGUAGAGCUGGGGAUGAUAGUAAUAAAGAAAUAAAAUAUGAUCGGGAGGCUCAUGCUGCUGAGCCGAAAGGUGAUAUGAAUGUGGCUAGUAGUCACUUGAAUUGGAAAGAAUCAAAAGAAUACCACAGGGGAAAAAGAUAUCCUGAUAGCAACCUGGUUGGUAGCAGUGGAAGUAUGGAAUCUUGGCAUAUUGUCCGGUCUGCAAUGCAUGGGCCUGUGGAAAUUGGAAAAGAAGUUGCAACUAUGGAGGAAAGGGAAUAUGCAGAAACCCAUGAGGCUGUUGGGGAGAACAAAUUUGAAUUAAAAGGCGAGGAUAGGUUCAAGGACAAGGACAGAAAAAGGAAAGAUGCCAAGCACCGUGAUUGGGGAGAAAGAGACAAGGAAAGGAUUGAUCGACGUAGCAACUUUCAACUGAGUAAUAGUGGUAGUGAGUGCAGAGACUCAGCAAGGGAAGAGAGAGAGGCAGAAAGGUGGGAGAGGGAGAGGAAAGAUCUUCCAAAAGAGAAGGAGAGACCAAGAGAGAGGGAAAAAGAUCAUAUUCAUGUUAAGAGAGAAGCAUGGAAUGGACUAGAUGGUGAGGGCUUGCAGCACCAUGACAAGGAGGUAAUUGAUGGAUCUGUCAGAAAGUCAGAGCAGCAGGAGAAUGCAGGAUUAGAGCAAAAGAAACAGAAGGAAUUUGAUAGCUGGAAGAAUGCGGAAAGGGAUGCUAGGGAUAGGAGAAAAGAAAGAGAUGCUGAUGUUGAAGGACAUAGGCCUGAACGGCGCAGCAGGAUCUAUGACAAAGAGUCCGAUGAUGGAUGCACAGAUGUUGAUGGGGGCACUGAAAGGGAGAGAGAAGCAUUUAAUUAUGGAGUUCAGCAACGUAAGAGGAUGCUUCGGCCCAGGGGCAGCCCUCAAGUGGGAAAUCGCGAGCCUCGUUAUAGAUCUCGUACCCAAGAUGCUGAAGGAUCUCAAGGAAAACCUGAAAUAUCCAUUGUUGUUUAUAAAGUCGGUGAAUGCAUGCAAGAACUAAUAAAGUUGUGGAGGGAAUACGAAUCAUCACAAGCUGAAAACAAUGGCGAAAGUUCCCACAGUGGUCCUACUCUAGAAAUCCGGAUACCAGCUGAGCAUGUUACUGCAACAAAUCGCCAAGUUAGAGGUGGCCAGCUAUGGGGGACAGAUAUAUACACUGAUGAUUCAGAUCUUGUUGCUGUUCUCAUGCAUACAGGUUACUGCCGCCCAACAGCUUCUCCUCCGCCACCUGCUAUCCAUGAAUUGCGUGCGACUGUACGAGUACUACCUCCCCAAGAUUGCUAUGUUUCUACACUGAGGAACAAUGUUCGUUCGCGCGCUUGGGGGGCAGCCAUUGGUUGUAGUUAUCGUGUUGAACGGUGUUGCAUUGUUAAGAAAGGGGGUGGGACCAUUGAUCUCGAACCUUGCCUAACACAUACCUCAACAGUGGAGCCUACUCUUGCACCAGUAUCUGUUGAGCGGACAAUGACUACAAGGGCUGCUGCUUCGAAUGCAUUACGGCAACAAAGAUUUGUGCGUGAAGUUACAAUACAAUACAACUUAUGCAAUGAGCCUUGGAUCAAGUACAGUAUAAGCAUUGUUGCUGACAAGGGUUUAAAGAAGCCUCUUUAUACAUCUGCUCGUUUGAAGAAGGGAGAAGUUCUAUACUUAGAAACACAUUCACGCAGGUAUGAACUCUGUUAUACUGGAGAGAAGGUGGUCAAGGCUGCAAAUGCAUCUCAGGUGCAUGAUGUGGAGACAGAUAAGUCUCACAAUCACAACUUGCACUCCUCAAAUGGUGAAAGAAAUCUUAUGGAUGGUGAUAACAUUGUGAUUGAUGUAUUUCGAUGGUCUCGUUGUAAGAAGCCCCUUCCGCAAAAAGUAAUGCGCUCCAUUGGGAUACCACUUUCCCUAGAACAUUUGGAGGUAUUGGAUGAGAAUCUCGAUUGGGAGGAUGUGCAGUGGUCACAGACUGGUGUUUGGAUAGCAGGAAAAGAAUAUGGGCUUGCUCGGGUGCAUUUCUUGUCUCCACAUUAGUGAAUGCCUUUGUAGCUAUAUUCCCAUGGUAUGUAAUAACUAGUCGAUAUAUGUAAUAGAUUCUAACUCAUCUUGUUUUAUGGUUUAAAAUUCCUUGUUAAGAGUUUUCGGAAUCAAUUGAACCUGCUACUUAUUUUA